AUGGGAAAAUCUACCAAGAUGUGGAUUUCGGGCUUUACGCUCUUCUAUGUGUUUUUGGCGGUCAUGUUGCCUUUGUUCUCUAAGAAUGGAGGUUUAGUGCUUGCUGAUGACUCAAAUGAUACCGAAAAUUACGGCACCGUCAUCGGCAUUGAUUUGGGUACCACAUACUCGUGUGUGGGAGUUAUGAAGGGAGGCAAGGUUGAGAUUCUUGCCAACGAACAAGGUAACAGAAUCACUCCUUCCUAUGUUGCUUUCACUGAUGAAGAACGUUUAAUUGGAGAUGCUGCAAAGAAUCAAGCCUCUUCCAAUGUUGAAAACACCGUGUUUGAUAUCAAGAGAUUGAUUGGAUUAAAGUAUGAUGAUAAGAUUGUCCAGCGUGAAAUCAAGCACUUGCCUUACAAAAUUGAGAAGAAGUCUGGAAAGCCGGUAGUGAAGGUUGAUUAUCAAGGUGACCAGAAGACCUUCAGUCCUGAAGAAGUUUCGGGAAUGAUCUUAGGUAAGAUGAAAUCUAUUGCUGAAGACUACUUGGGUAAAAAGGUUACCCAUGCAGUUGUCACUGUUCCAGCUUACUUUAACGAUGCUCAGCGUCAAGCUACCAAGGAUGCCGGUACCAUUUGCCGGAUUGAAUGUGUUGAGAAUUGUCAACGAACCCACCGCGGCUGCUAUUGCUUACGGAUUGGACAAGACUGA